UCACAUGACCCGCAAUAGAAACCUAACUUUUACCAAGAACAAAAAACGAAACUAAGUGUCUCCCACGUUGCCCCCUAUUCCUUUCUUUUUCAUAUUUCUCCUCGUGUUCUGUGUAUAGCAGCUCAGGAGCGCAUGGUGCAACAUUACCGUCAUCCAUGCAGUAUUUACAAGCGGGCUUUGGAAGGCUGCGGACUUUACUGAUCUAACUCUGAGAUGGUCCAGCGUGUUUCACUCUUCAUUUAAGCUACCUAGCGCUGCGCUUAGUUUUUAUCUGUAACCUUAGUAUUAUUUUUUUUUUUUUGUCAAAAAAUGUAAAUAACUUGAGCAUUGGAAGACUUCGAAAUCAGCAAGCCUAAACGUGACCAAAAAAAAAACAACCUUCUUCCUCUGAUCGUCUGAAGACUGUGUCCAUCCUGAGCCAAGGCUCCAUCUUCUGUGUUUCUGUUGGAAUCCAAGUGGUUGGCGUGAUCCUUAAGCUGAACAGAGAGUUGCUCCGGCGCCCCUUUUUAGCUCAACCCCUGCGCUAUGAGCAGAGGUAGAGGAGGGCCUUACAAAGAACAUUUCAACAGACGCCCACCUUCCCACCCACAGGCUAAGGAGAACUACCACAGACCAGUUGAGGCCCGAUUUUUUCAUGGAGACAACCCAGAUCUGAUCCAAAACCCAAAUUACUACAACUAUCCUGGAGGGGCCCUUCAGCCGCCACCUCCUCUCCUCCCAUCGGUUCCCCCUCUACCAAGCCACCCUAGAUUGGCUGCUGCUUCUGACUACAGACAUAACCAAGGUCAGGGCGGCAGCCCAGCUCCAAAUUCCUUCCUUUGUAAACAAGCAGAAUUUCUAAGAGGACAGAGCACCGAGGCGCCACAGUUUAGAUCCAGCCAACGAGGUGGGGGCGCACCAUUCAGCAGGUCACCUAGUUCUACAUACCAGUCGCCAUCAGGCUAUAUUAGAUAUUCAAACCCAGGCAGCAGUCCUAGAGGUCGAGGGGGCUACAGCCCUAACCAGAUUUUUCGAUACUCUUCAGGUCCGAGAGCAACUGGAGGGGCCCUGGGCCCUCGAUUACAAAAUCAAAACCAGUUUCAAAGCAAAACCAGCUAUAAUCAGUCAUCCAACAGACAAUUUUGGCCCCAGACAGAGUCUCUCUGUGACCGUUUUCAGAAUCUGUCUCUUCCACAAGAUCAGUCUAGCCGAGGUAGAGAGAGGUUUGACAGAUACCCUUUCCCCAGCAGCUCAACAGAGUCGAGGUUUGAAAGAGUUAACAUCAGCUUUACGCCAGACAUACAGGAGCAGGUGCACAGAGCUUUGGCUGCUUUGAAGUCAGGUGAGAGGAUCUCUGCUAAAGUAUUAGCUAAAAAACUCCAUUUACCCAAAAAGACAGUAAACAAGGCUCUCUACUCUUUGGAGCGGUCACAAAGAGCUUUUAAGCAAGAAGUCCUACCUCCUCUGUGGAGUUUGUACAGGGCAGAAGGAGAUUACGUCUCUGACAGCAAAAGUCCAGCUUCCUAUCUGUGUUUUGGUCCAGAACAUCCACAAACAGCUGAAACAGAGGUCGACCCAGAAAAGGAAAACCAGGGGCAGGUCAAAGAAGAGAACUCUGAUACAGAAUCAAAUUCUUCUUACAGCUCAUCUUCAGAAUCUUCUGACUCUGAAAAAGCCCAGUCAGCAGCAGAAAGUCAGAACGAAAAAGAUUGUCCAAACACGACCAGCUCCGCCCAUCAGGAGGCUAAUUUUCCCAUCAUGGCAAACUGCAAAGAGCGGAUUUUACAAUUUCUUCUAGAUGUAGGAGAGGCAACUGCUCUUGUCAUAGCCAAAAAUCUGGGUCUUAAAAAUGCCAAGCAGAUCAACCCCACCCUUUAUGCUUUGGCGAAGCAAGGCGAAGUCAAUAGGGAUAGUGACGUUACUCCUCCAAAAUGGAUGCUUUCUGCACACCGCAAAGAGAGGAUGGAAAGGAGCUUAAAAAUUGCAAAGAGUGCCUCUGUUUUUGGGAGUCAUAUGGCAAUGGAAAUCUGUAAAGAGGAUGAUACUGCAAGUGCUGAUUUCCUAUCGACCUUACCUCCUGUACCAGGACUUGAGCCUUUGCCACUGUUGGAGGAUUUGCUGCCAGAGCAAAAUCAACAUACUGAGCUACCUGUAUUGUUGAGUGAGGACAAAGCUCCUGGUGAGCAACUGUGGGCCUCUGAUGAAAUCCCAGAGUACCUCAAUGCAAUCCGGCGAGAAACCGAUGCAAAGAAAAUGGCAGAACAGCAGGGCGGUGCUGUGGGAACCGUCGCUGUGUCGGUGGCUGCACCACCUCCUCAAAAUCUGUGGGCCAAAUUACAGGAAGUGAGGCUGAAGAACCCUGUCAGUGGCCUAAUGGAGUAUGCCCAGUAUCUGGGCCAAAACUGCGAGUUCCAGCUCCUCGACCAGUCAGGACCCUCUCAUGACCCAAGAUUUCGCAUGCAGGUGAUGUUGAAUGGGAAGCUGUUUCCCAUUGCAGAAGCUUCCAGUAAGAAGGUCGCUAAGAAGGAUGCUGCAGCCGCUGCGCUGCGUAUACUUAUCGGAGAGAUUCAGGGAGGACCAGGUCCGCUGGAGGAGGGAAAUGCUGCCGGUGUUGACCAAAUGUUGGAUAUACUUCCAGAGACAAGCAGUUCAGUUGAAAAUAUAUCGGGAACCUUUGGGUCGAACAGUGUCGAAGCACCAGGGGAAGGACCUCGACAGCCGCUGUCCCGGUCUCUGCCUGGUGGGAAGAAUCCAGUAUCUGUCCUGAUGGAGUACAGCCAGCGCAGUGGAAACUCAAUCGAAUUCAUCAACACUGGGCAGGCAGGCCCACCACAUGACCCAAGGUUCAUGUUCAGAGUGAAAGUCGGAGACACGACGUUUCCCGAGGCCUCAGCUCCAAGCAAGAAGGCAGCACGUCAGCUGGCAGCAGAGGAGGCGGUUAAAGAGUUAAUGGCUGACGGAAAACUGCAAGUCAGCAAGCCUCAGUUGCCCCUCGGCCCGUCCUUUGAAGGAGACGGAGGUGCUUUCAGAGCAACCUGUCCUUCUUUGCCUCCUCUAACUGCGAGUGAGUUGCAAGCUGCCCAUGAGGCAGGGGUCGGAGACCUCAUCAAUCACCUGAACAACAACGCCGUGUCAGGUCUGUUGGAAUAUGCCAGAGCUCGGGGCUUUGCUGCUGAGAUCCGUCUGGUGAGCCAGUCUGGACCCCCACAUGAUCCUAAGUUUACCUAUCAAGCGAAGCUGGGCGGCCGGUGGUUUCCUCCAGUUUGCGCCUCCAACAAGAAACAGGGAAAGCAGGAAGCAGCAGACGCGGCGCUGCGGGUUUUGAUUGGUGAAGCUGAGAGGGCAGCACGCACUGGAGAGCUUAUCCCAACUGAGCUGCCAGUAAGUGGCAGCACUUUGCACGACCAGAUAGCCAUGUUGAGCCACCAGCGUUUCAACGCCCUGACCACCCGCAUCCAGCACAGCCUUCUGGGAAGGAAGAUUCUGGCCACCAUCGUCAUGAGAAGAGGGGAAGGACUGGGGACUGUUGUCAGCCUUGGAACUGGAAAUCGUUGUGUCAAAGGGGAGGAGCUGAGCCUCAAAGGGGAGACAGUAAAUGACUGCCAUGCUGAAAUCAUCUCCAGGAGAGGAUUUAUCCGGUUUCUGUACAGCGAGCUGCUCAAGCACUAUGAUGGAGCAGACGACAGCAUUUUUGAGCCCGCACAGGAGAACAAACUCAAGAUCAAACCUGACAUUACCUUUCACCUCUACAUCAGCACGGCACCUUGUGGGGACGGAGCUCUGUUCGAUAAGUCAUGCAGUGAGGCAGGAGAUGAAAUCGAGGGCCACAAGCCGCUUUUUGAGAAUGCAAAGCAGGGCAAGCUUCGUACUAAAGUGGAAAAUGGUGAGGGGACCAUCCCAGUGGAGUCGAGUGCCAUUGUCCCCACCUGGGACGGCAUCCAGCAUGGUGAAAGGCUGCGGACCAUGAGCUGCAGCGAUAAGAUUCUGCGCUGGAACGUGCUGGGCCUGCAGGGGGCACUGCUCUCUCAUUUCUUGCACCCUAUCUACUUAAAGUCCAUCACCCUGGGCUAUCUGUACAGCCAUGGUCACCUGACACGUGCGGUCUGCUGCCGGCUGGCCAGGGACAGCGAAGCCUUCUCCCAGAAUCUCCCUCCUCUCUUCACCCUGAACCACCCUGAGGUGGGCAGAGUGAGUGUGUACGACUCCACCAGGCACACAGGCAAGACCAAGGAGUCCAGUGUGAACUGGAGCUUUCCAGACCAGCACAACGUGGAGGUGCUGGAUGGGACUAAAGGGAAGCUAGAUGGGAACAAACAGGCCAUGUCCCGCGUGUCCAAGUCCAACCUCUUCUGCCUGUUUCGCUCUUUGUGCCAGCGGUGCGGCCGCACAGACCUCCUCUCCCUGCCGUCCUACGCUCAGGCCAAGACAGCGGCCGUACCCUUCCAACUUGCCAAGCAGCAGUUCUUUGAAGCUCUCUGCGUCCACGGCUACGGAGCCUGGAUUGGCAAGCCGCUGGAGGAGAAGAGCUUUGAGGUGUCAGAGGGAAACAGAAACAAUGGUGGGAGCGUCCCUCUGGGAGUUGGGAACAGUAAAAACGGAGGGCUAGUGGAGUACAAGCAGGCGGAGGCGUAGAUCCAUGCAGGGGGCUUAACUUCAAAAAUCUAAUUCAUCUGUGGGGAAAUGGAAAGAAAGGGUAGAUUAGGGAGAGUGGGCGGGGGAUGGAGACGUAAUAAAGUAAAAGUACAAUCAAACAGCACAAAGCCAGUGGCCAGAACUGUGUCUUCUGACGGAACAUGGUUGAAGGCUGCAGUGAGAUUGAUGGGAAGGGACGGGACGAGUCAAGGUCAAAGCCUGAAGUAUGAAUGAGGUCACAGUUGACAGAACAGAGCUGGGUGGAGGUCCGGGGGCUGUACAGACCACUGUAAACACUACAUGCAAGAGGAACUUUCUGCAGUCAGUCUCCAUCUCUAUCAGCGCUGCACAGCUCAACUUCAGCUGUUUGUGGCAGUUCUUUGCAUUAUAUUCCAGACCUGUAAUGUUAAUAGUUCUGUUGUUGGUGCAGACCAUAGUAUGUUUUCUUUUUGUAUUGUUGGAACUUUUUUGUAAAGUAUGCUUUCUGUUGCUUUAAGUGGAAACUGCAAAACAAUCUGGACCAAGAUUAUUUCUGCUUUAUAAAUUGUUUCUUGCAACAAAAGAAACAAAGUAAAUCUGGCCUAGUGUCACUGCAUUGUAGCAGUGAAUAUAAUUGCAAUGAAGGUAAAACAACAUUUUUAAAAAAGUAACAAAGAAAACAGCAUAGUGGUUUUGCAUUAACCCUCACGCGAUCUUGGCGCGUUUGUGCUGUUUGGUCCAAAAGACCUUGUCUCCAACGACCUAGGGAUGGUUAAAUUAAAGUUAGUGAUUUGCUCUGGCUAAAGUUCGGCAAAAAUGUGGCUUAGAAGCAGCUUUUGGGAAAGAUUUAAGGAAAAAGUGAUCCUCUCAACUCAUCUGCAAUGAGAAUUUGCCAAUUUAUGAUGUGCAGGUUUUAUAAUGCUUUGACCUACUGAUAUAGAUAUUUUUUACAACUGGUAACAUCUGAUGUAAGAAAAAAAAAACCUCUUUUAAGGGAUCGUUAAUUAUUUAUAUAUGGGACAUCACACCAAUCUGGGAGGUAACUGUCACUGUAAAGCAGGGCUUUACUGAUAUAAAACCCUGCUUUAUAGCGACAUAAGAUAAAAACAAAGUUAAUCAAGACAAAUACAGUGGAAUUUUUCCUAAGUAGAUUUUGCCCCAAAAGACAACAUGUGACUGGCUUAACAAAAAUUAUAUUUUUCAUAUAGCUUUCCAAGAAAAUGUGGAUCUUUACCACAUAUUUAAGGUUUCCGAAACCCAGCUGUUUCCAAAUGUGGUAUGUUCUGUUGAGAACGGUUGAGAGACCUAAACAAAAAAACAGAGCACCUUUGAACGUGUUGAAAGUAUCUCUCUCAAUAAUUCCUUUCAAAUAGCUCCUUGCAUCUUUUUAUUAUUUUUUUUCCGUGAAAUUAUUUUAAAUGCAUUACUGAUGGUAGGUGUUUUCCACUCAGUAAUGGUGUGCCCACAGAAGAGUGAGUAGGAAGGCCUGACUCAACCGGUUUUAGUCCAAAAGUCAAUUUCUCUGUGCAUUCCCAGUUGGAAGGUCUGGUUCCUUUGAGAUCAGAUGCCAACUUAGGACUAGUAGCUCACCCUGCUGCAUACGCUACUUUAAUUAAGUUGAAGAUAUACUUUAAAACUGCUUUUCCGUCAUUGGUCAUUCAUCUGACAGUCAGUGAAUAUGGAGAUAAAAGUACAGUAUAAUUAUAUGUUGGGAAUCUACAAUAGAGGUUUGCAGGAUUUAAUUCCCUAUUUUUAAAGUCAAGUGUUUGACUUCCAAAGAUAAUUUUAUGGUUAAGUGUUUGUCUUUAUUUUUAAACCUCUGCAAACUGACAGCAGGUCGUCUUUGUAUUUUUAUGUUUUCAGUCACUGUAUAAACCUGAAUACAUUGCAUUGGCUCUGACCGGCAGAAACAAAGAUUGUUCUUUGUAAAUAUAUAUUUACAUUAAUCUCCCUUUAAGGCUGAGCUGCUGGGGUUUUAUUAUUUUAGUUACAUUUGAUUUGAACAAUGCAUUGACUUAAUUUGGUUUAAAGGACAGAAAUCCUUGUUUUAAACUUACAGUAAAGUCCCCAUACUUUAACUGUACAUAGGAUCAAGUUUUAUCAGACACUUUAAGAUUGUGGUUGAAACUUCUGUGCUUUUUUUGUUUUGUUUUGUUGUUUUUUUUUUUGCUGAUAGGAGUUCUACCAGCUUGUUAGUUCCCUGCACAUCCUUUGACAACUUGUGUUCAUAGUUUUCAUUUCCUCAGUUUAGGUAAAAACCUCUAAUUGGUCUCAUCUGUCUUGUCCUUCAAACAUUUAUAAAGAAAUUACCAUGUCUCAGUCUGAAACAAGUACAGUAUCACUGUUUCUAUGGCUUAUGUGGUUUGAGUCUUUCUAGUUUUUUUUUUUUUUUUUUUUUUUUCUUCUAAAUCUGUAAUUAUUGUUCUCUCGUAAUGUUUUUGAAAGCCUCAAAUGUUGCUUUUAGCUUCUGCAUGGGAGAUCUUGAAGCGUGACUCUCGGGAGGACUGCAAAGUCGGGAAACGUGACUGUCUGUAAGGGGCGCUGUUUUCUUAAAUACAACUGCUGAUGCAAUAUAUAUAUACAUAAGCUGUACACAAAUACAUGAGUACACAGACAUGCAGUGGGUUUCAGAAGCCUGAGCCUGGUGUCAGAACCUCGUUUAAUUUGUUAAUCAGAUUAUUCAGUAUUUGCUUUAACUAAUACUCAUAUGCAGAUAUGCCUUGGAGGUUUUCUUUUUUUUUCCAGGAAGGAAGAGCUAUGCAAGCACUAAGUGAUACUCCAGGCUGUUUUGUGUUGGUCUGCUGCCUCUACAGAACUAUUAGAUUCUUCUCUUUGUUUUUAAUUAUCUGAAGCUUUAAGUUUCUGUUUUAAAACAGAGAGCACCUUUUUAUUUUUUAUUUUUUGCAACUUUUAAUUUGGUUCUUAUAUUUCAGCUGUAACUGAGGGACUAUAACUUGUGAAUUAAACACAAUGUAGCAAUGCUAUUUAUGUAAAAUAAAAUAAUAUCAAGAAUACAAAAGAAAUAGAAAUCCGAGUAGUUUUGAUGUCAGAUGAUGUAGGUCCUUGAAUUGGACUCAGACCUCUGGAUCCCACUGUAUGCAACAAUAGAUGCUUGGAGUUUGGUGGUUGUACACACAGCAUGUCUGUGUGUGUAUGUAUUUGUGUUUAUACUGUAUAUAUUUUCUAAAAAUAAAAUAAAAUGGCUUUUUACAGUUUA